AUGCCUCUAGCAAACCCAACGAGCAGUACGAGCAGCUCUGGAUUCACCAGCAACCCAGUUCCCGCUCUCAUCGCACGGCGCACCACCGUGCUCGCGCCACCCAGUCUGUCGACAGUCAACCACCUCGACGGCGCUUCCGCUGCCAGUGCCACUGCGGCCAGCACCCCCUCCUUGCCCGCCUCAUCUAUCCCGCGACCGUCCACCACUACCACCGCGCGCAGACACAGACCGGACCUCCAACAGGCUGUCUCGCAACCCACCGCGGCAGUGCCCAUCUCGACGCGCGAGAACAUCUCGACAUCCAAAAGCUGGUCGUCCAACCACCUGCUUCGACCCAGUGGGAGCGGGUACCAGCGGAAGCCGUUCGACAGCAGUGGAGACGAAGGCGGGUUCGCCGUGCAUCCGACAUUCCGGAGUGAUGCAGAGUGGCGGGGUGACGUGCUGGUCAGGGUCGACGGCGUAGAGUUCUGGGUGCACAAGGACGUGUUGUUGUUCUCGUCGCCGUUUUUUCAGAGUGUCCUCACAGGUGGGUGGAGCGAGUCCCGCCUGUCGAGGCUGAUGCUUUCCGAAGAGGAGGAACAUGAGCAAGAGCGAAACAAGGACGCAACCGAGUCGGACUCAAGUCGGGACGUUCCCUCACGCGAUACGGGCUCGACGAAUAUGGCAUCUCUUCUUUCGCCGAGACAAGACGCAGCGCGAGAGGACGGCCCCUCGCAACCGGUCGUAGUCACCGAACUUGCCGCGGAAAGCCCAUCGGAGCUCGAAGCGGGUAAUCUGGUACACACCGAGCUCGACACUGAACACCUCGGCGGCGAAGCUCGACGCAGGAGUCUGUUACGCGCGUCAUACCAUACAGCGCUUUGGAGUCAGGACGACGACUCUAGAGCUUCGCCGACGCUCUCACAGUCUGCUGCCACUUUCGAGGAUACUAUUGAGGAGCCGGACGGAGCGGGUGACGACAGUGUAGAGGGAGCAGGCAGCGCGAUCGAGCACGACUCGAUGGAAGACGCGGAUGAAGGUGCGGGAUUCUUUGCGAAUCGAGCGGCGGUGGAGGAUGAUGAAGAGGCGGAGGUGGACGAGGAGCCAGCGAAACGGGAGAAGGAUGGUCGUGCGUCACAGGCCAAGCAGUUGCGGUCUAACUCGAAGCAGGUUGCCACACGGCUGACGCUGAGAAAGCUGGAGUCUGCGAAGCGUGAAAAGAAGAUCCCGACAAGAAGUACGAGUAGGGCAGUGGAUGUGGGAUGCGACGAGGUGGACAAGGCAACGAGAUCGCACGAAAGGAUGGAAUCGCUGGCCACGCCUCCUAUGUCUCGUCGACCUAGCAACGAUGGUUUCGGCGACACGGAUGCAGCUAUGCCAACCGCACAACCCGCCGGAUCACGCCCCUCCGACACGCUGCCACACCGCUACAGAGGCAUCAUCUCCGCCAUCGACCUCUCCGAAGAAUCCGCGAGCACGUUCCACGACUUUCUCUUUCACAUCUACCCGCACCUCGACCUCUCGGUGACAUGGUACAACUGCGGGCCGCUGCUGCGUUUCUCGGACAAGUUCCAAGUGCCCUACCUGCGGCGCGCAUGCAUCACGUUCCUGCGCGCCGCGCUCGCCGGCCGUCCGAUCGAGGCGAUGCGGCUCGCGGAGCUGCACACGAUCGAUGACCUGUACCGCGAAGCGAGCCGGCAUGUGCUUGACAACUUCGCCGCGUGGCAGGCGGACGAGCUCGAGGUGCUGUCCAACGAGACGCUGCUCAAGCUCGAGCGCAAGCGGACGUGGUUUUUGGAGCGACUGCUCAAGUUGGGGCUUGCGAAUCCGGGCAGGGACUACGAGUGCCAUGCGGCGUGCCCAGACCCGCAGGCGUGUGCCCGGGCAUUGCACGACAAAUGGCAGUCGGCAUAUAAGGCCGCAUUCCGGUACCACCCUCCUCAGCCGAGCGUCAUCUUCAGGUAUCUCCGCGAGCUGGAUAGUAUCGGGAACGGUGCAGCGGCGGGAGGAGGAGGCGGCGGGAUCGGUGUCGGUGCCGGCGGGUUGGCGCUGUCGGCUGCAACCGCUGCUGCUGUAGGCAGUGGCGGUGGAGGUGGUGGAGCUGGCGCGGGCACGGCUCUGCAGCUGAGCAACUGCCAGACGACGGCGAGGGUCUGGGUGCAGGGUCUGUUCGAUCGCAUGUUCGAGUUGGGCACGCUGCAUACAGGCAGGCUGUUUCUUGCAGUCAAGCUGGAUGCCGUAGCGCCGCGAAAUCUUGUUCACAAGGACUCUUGA